AUGACGAUAAUAACUGACCUCGCCGCCAGAAAGGCGUACCUCCUUGGACAGCUUAAUGAGGUUGAUGGCGCCCAAUCUAGUUUAAGCCGCAACCAACAACUGCUGAAAUUAUGGAGGGAAUUUAAGCAGGUUGAAACGCAACUUGAGGAAGCAUAUACAGAAGCAGAAGCCAAAAAGAGUCAGUCGUCACUGCCUGGAGUAUCUGUCCAGGAAGGGACAAAUGCAGCCGCCCGAGCGGUCUCAGAAUGUGAGGCAGACAACGCGAUUCCAGAUCACUCAUCUCCGGGCAAGAUGGUAGCCCCAAGCUCAGACACGGCGUCUAAGGGCGCACCACGAAAAGUCGCGUUCCAGUUGCCGGAAGCUUCCGACCACAGCAGCCACAGUGAGAGUCCAGGGACAAGUUCAACUAAUAGCAGCAUCGAGUCAAACAAAGAACCAACUGACCCGAUCGACUUUGAGGACGGCGAUGCGAUGUGGGAAAGCUUGAUGGCACGCAUGCAUCCGAUCAACAACGACGGCUCUAGGUUUGAUAAAUAUAAGAGCUUGGUUAACGAUGGCGACGAUAAUUCAGAUCAUUCUGUACUUCCUCGUCAUCAAGGUAGCCAAGACGAGAUGGGAGGAAGUCACACCUCUACUGAAAGUCAAGAGAAGGAUUCCAGCUGA